UAGAGGAGUGCGGUAGCUAAGCUAACAGCUAGCAACAUACAUACAUGUGGAGGGUACGACAGGAGGCAACCCCAACGCUGUCAAAAUUCCCCUACCUGAACCGUAAACUACUCAGAACUUCAACCACAUCGAAACUAAGGAAUAACAGUAGUUUACAAUGAAAGGGUGAGUAAAGCCAUUUAGAGAGAUGUCUGUGUUCCUAGCACGAGUAAAGUUUUUUCUUGUCUCUUUUUUUCAACGGGGGCGGGAGAGGUGGUUGCAAUGCUAGCUAGCUAAACCCUUUGCACGGUUAGGUAAAAUAAUCUGCCAACGACAGCACCACAGUGAUUUUCGUCUCUUUACCAGUUAUUAGACACAAUGUGUCUCAUUGGUUAACUAUCUAGAUAGCAAAUAACAUCGUUAACCUGCUAAAUGUGGCUAGUAGCGCGUGCAUUUUCCAUCAAAUUAAACCUUGAACAAAAAGUCGGAUAAGUUUGUAACCUGCCUGUUAGUUCGUGUAGUUAACUAACGUUAGCUGAAUUUCGAAACGUUUGAAGUCCGCUCUACUUUGACGUUAACUAUACCUAAUUACUAGGCUACUUUACGCCACUCAACUCCAAGUUUGUUCAACUAGCUAGCUAGUUUGCUAACGUUAGCUACUUUACUUAGCUAGCGGCUAGGUAGCUAACACUAGCUAGCUAACUUAACUUGGAACAAAUUCGAUUAGAACUGUCACAGUACUACCUAGCAGCAUGCUGACGUUUGUCAGUAGAUUUUGACAAUCAUAUUUAGCUAUUGGCUAGUAUCACUGGUUUCUGUGAAGGAGUGUAUUUCGCUAGUUUAUUAGGCAAUCUUAAAAUGACUCAAGUAACCCAUUGAUUCAAUUUACUGUUUGGGGCGUGAGCAUGAACCAUAAAACCACAACAUGGUCUCAGAGCAUUUUGUAUUAUUCUGUACGUAAAUCCGAGAUACUCAGUUUAAUAUGAUAUGUUACGUUUCGUAUGGUAUGUAUUUAUUUGUGGAUUUGUCUCACCUAUUUUGUAUGAUGUUAAGAAUUACAAUUCGUAUUAUACAGUGCAUUCAGAAAGUAUUCAGACCUUGACUUUUUCCACAUUUUGUACAAUACAGCCUUAUCCUAUAAUUGAUUAUUGUUUUUUCCCCUCAGCAAUCUACACACUACCCCAUAAUGACAAAGCAAAAUCAGGUUUUUAGAAAUUGUUGCUAAUUUAUAACAAAUAAAAAAACAUAACAUUUACAUAAGUAUUCAGACCCUUUACUCAGUACUUUGUUGAAGCACCUUCGGCAGUGAUUACAACCUCAAGUCUUCUUGGGUAUGACGGUACAAGCUUGGCACACCUAUAUUUGGGGAGUUUCUCCCAUUCUUCUCUGCAGAUCCUCUCAAGCUCUGUCAGGUUGGAUGGGGAGCAUUGCUGCACAGCUAUUUUCAGGUCUCUACAGAGAUGUUCGAUCGGGUUCAAGUCCGAGCUCUGUCUGGUCCACUCAAUGACAUUCAGAGACUUGCCCCGAAUCCACGCCUUUGUUGUCUUGGCUGUGUGCUUAGGGUCGUUGUCCUGUUGGAAGGUGAACCUUCGUCCCAGUCUGAGGUCCUGAGCGCUCUGGAGCAGGUUUUCAUCAAGGAUCUCUCUGUACGUUAAUCUUUCCCUCGAUCCUGACUAGUCUCCCAGUCCCUGUUGCUGAAAAACAUCCCCACAGCAUGAUGCUGACACCACCCUGCUUCACCGUAGGGAUGCUGCCAGGUUUCCUCCAGAUGUGACGCUUGGCAUUCAGGCCAAAGAGUUCAAUCUUGGUUUCAUCAGACCAGAGAAUCUUGUUUCUCAUGGUCUGAGAGUCCUUUAGGUGCCUUUUGGCAAACUCCAAGCGGGCUGUCAUGUGCCUUUUACUGAGGAGUGGCUUCCGCCUGGCCACUCUACCAUAAAGGCCUGAUUGGUGGAUUGAUUAUCUUGGCAAAGAAGAAAUGCUCACUAACAGGGAUGUAAACAAAUUUGUGCACAGCAUUUGAGAGAAAUAAGCUUUUUGUGCAUAUGGAACAUUUCUGGGAUAUUUUAUUUCAGCUCAUGAAACAUUGGACCAAUACUUUACAUGUUGCGUUUUAUAUUUUUGUUCAGUAUAGUUAAAGUUGCUAAAAUGCUGAAGUUGUCCUUGAUGAGAUUCGAACUCGCAACCUUUGGACUCGUAACCAUCUGUCUUAUGUAACCAUACCAAAAGUAAUAUAUCAUACUAAUUUGAGUAUCUCAGAUUUACUUUUACUAUGUUAUGUCUAGUCUGAGACCAGGCUGUAAACCAAGGUGCUUUCAGGUAGUCAACCCCUAUCUUAUGCAAUUAUCUGUAAAGGUUACAAAAUAUAAAUUCCCUCGUGGCUACUUUGUAAACAGUAGCUUAGUUUUGCAUCUGUUACUGUAAAUAACACACAGCUAGCUAGUAUAAGUGAAGUUACACAAGGUAGCCCAAUAAUGGACUAAAGGAGCCUAUCGUUACUCCUUGUAGUCCAAGGACCUUACAUGUUCUGUUUAGAGGUGAAUUGGCUCUGGCAGCCAAAUACUCAAUCUAAAUGUGAAUAGAUUGCGAUGCAGUUCAAGAAACACAACACCCUCUACUUUCAUAUCACAACAAAAUAAUUUCACAAAUGCAAAAUAUACACUUACUGUACACUGUUUUAACGCAGUUGCAGCCGACAGUAUUAUUCAGUGACAACACGUGACGGUGUCAGUAUGAAAUGUAUGCACUCGCUAACUGUAAGUCGUUCUGGAUAAGAGCGUCUGCUAAAUGACUAAAAUGUAAAUGUAAAAUGGUGUCUUCAGUUUACACACAGGUGUUUGGAGACACAGAUGGCUAAUUAACACAGGUAGUCCACUCCGUCUAAUGGCUGUUUUCUGUAAACAAGCGCUGUGACAUUGAAAUAUGGCCAUGUGGGAACCCUAAACCUAUAAAGGUGUGUAUCAAUUUAACCUUUUUUGGUUUUAGAGGAUUUUUUCCUGCUGAUAUGAAAGUAGGUCCUUAUGCUUCCAAAACCGUACUGCAAGCGAUGCGUGUUAAUGUUCAGACCGAGCAUUGGGGCUCUUAAAAAAAACUCCCCCGUACAUAAGAUGCCUUUGUCCAAGGAUUUAUGUGUAAUGUAAUGGAACUGAGUCAUGAUCAAGGACUAGGUACAAUGUAGCAAACGUUUACUACAGUAUAUGUAGCUAACUACUUGGGGCAUUUCUAAAUCUAAGUGAUUCUAUCAACAGGGGGAAGAAAGCCUUCAGUGGAUCAAAUAAGACUGAUGCGUAGAUUCCAUGUUGAUACAUAAUCAAACCACAAUUUCAGGUUGAUGUUAGCUUAUUUACUUCACAAGUUCCCCUAACACGUCACAGUCUUAUCUGUACAGUCUAAUGGUGGGGUCUCAGGUUUUUAAAUUCACAGAGCAGAUGUCUUAGAUUUGAAUAUUGGCGACGUCGCCAGGUCUCUGCUGUCACUCUAUCCGGCCUGUCUGACUGCCACCGAACACGUGACCAGCAGCUGUUGUCGGCAUAGAGGUUUUAACAUGAGGAGUCGCCCUAUAAAUACCUCUGUGUGCUCCCAGGAGGAAGUCAGUUGGAGACAAAUGGUCAAACUCAAGCGAAAACAAACUCUCUCUCAGUCUCAGAGAUUGACAUUUACCUAAACAUCUUGCCUAAUCUUUCAUGAUCAAGGCACACAGGAAAGGCUGUGUACAUGCAUACAGAUUGCUUGUAGCUGCAUGUAACGUCAGUCAUCCCAAUUUAAAGAAUGUUGGGUUUUGCAUUGGGGGGCAGAUUUCGUGUCUGUGUGUAUCUGGCGUAGUGCUGUGUGCAUGAUGCCACUGUUGUACUUUUGGGAUGAGAGGUGGCAGCUGUCAAUGCAUCUGGGCUAGCCCAAGUGGGUCUAGAUGGCUCACAGUGGCAGGAGAACUGUCUGUCCAGCCCGCUCCCUAGAAAAGCUCAAGGCAGACCAGACCAUGUCCUCCGGCACUGUUAGACAUCUGUGUUUACCGACAGACUUCAUGUGAGUUGUGCCAUGGUCAUGGUAUCUGUACACAGCUGUGUAUCAGUCACUGUGGAUAUGAGUGCCACAUUAAAAGUAUGUGGACACCCCUUCAAAUUAGUUGAUUCGGCUAUUUCAGCCACUCCCGCUGCUGACAGGUGUAUAAAAUCGAGCACACAGCCAUACGAUCUCAAUAGACAAACACUGGCAUUAGAAUGGCCCAUACUGAAGAGCUCAGUGACUUUCAACGUGGCACCGUCAUAGGAUGCCACCUUUCCAACAAGUCAGUUCGUCAGAUUUCUGCCCUGCUAGAGCUGCCACGGUCAACUGUAAGUGCUGUUAUUGUGAAGUGGAAACAUCGAGGAGCAACAACGGCCACACAAGCUCACAGAACGGGACCGCCGAGUGCUGAAACGCGCAGCGCGUAAAAAUCAUCUGUCCUCGGUUGCAACGCUCACUACCGAGUUCCAGACUGCCUCUGGAAGCAACGUCAGCACAAGAACUGUUCGUAGGGAGCUUCAUGAAAUGGGUUUCCAUGGUCGAUCAGCCGCAAACAAGCCUAAGACCACCAUGCGCAAUGGCAAGCGUUGGCUGGAGGGAUGUAGAACUCGCCGCCAUUGGAUUCUGGAGCAGUGGAAAAUUCUCAUUGUUUCUACAGAUUGUAAAUUGAAAAUAAACAUUUUUGCUAAAAUAAUAAUAAUUAUUGAUCGAUUGACUGACUUUUCAGAUCACUCAGUAGUGCUAUCUGCAGGGUUAGCUCCAGGUAAAUAUUGCAAUCCUUUAGCCAUUCCUGGACCUGUGUUCAAAAACAAGCUACAAAUGGACAGUACCAAAACAAAAGAUCUAAUGAUUCUGUCUCAUCGCAGCAAAAUCUGCAGAGCUGGGAAGAUUGUAUCCCCAUAUAUCUGUUUGUGUGUGUGUCGUGUUGCUUGGUUAGACCCCCUCCCGUGCCCAGCUGGUUGACCGUUCUGCUCUUGUUCCAGUAGCCGGAUCGAGCUGGGGGAUGUUACGCCCCACAACAUUAAACAGUUGAAACGCCUCAACCAGGUCAUCUUUCCCGUCAGCUACAAUGACAAGUUCUACAAGGACGUGCUCGAAGUGGGAGAGCUCGCCAAGCUAGGUAAGACGAGACGGGCUUGCCCAAUCACGUAGUCCCUUGUAGUUUGAUAUUGAUGCACUUGUUUUUGUAGUGAACUAAGGGUGUGUUAUGAGGAAAUACUGCAUGGCACUGAUGUCUAAUACACCUGACCUCUGACCCCUGUGUUUGUAGCAUACUUCAAUGACAUUGCGGUGGGGGCAGUGUGCUGCAGAGUGGACCACUCUCAGAACCAGAAGAGACUAUAUAUCAUGACAUUGGGCUGCCUUGCGCCCUACCGUAGAUUAGGCAUAGGUACGGCGCAAGUCUUUUAUUGUUGCUCUUGUACACCGACAAUAGCCAGCUUCACACCAUAUUUACUUGUAUCCUCUCAUAUUUCAUAUUUACUUGUAUCCUCUCAUACUGUUUGGAGUUUUUUAUUUUACUUGUUACUAAUUUUGCAGACAUUCUUAUCCAGAGCGACUUAGUUAGUGCAUUCAUCUUAAGCUAGCUAGGUGGGACAACCACAUAUCACAGUCAUAGUAUAUACAUUUUUCCUCAAUAUAAUAGCGAUCAGCAAAGUCAGAGCUAGUCACCUGUGUUGCAUAUUGUCAAACUCCUUAUCUUCUGUCUUGUAUUGUGACCAGGAACGAAGAUGCUGAACCAUGUGUUAAACAUCUGCGAGAAGGACGGCACCUUUGACAACAUUUACCUGUAAGUCUAUAAUCCAAGGAUCUGUCCUGCGUCUUAAGGUGCUUACAGACGGGCCACGGUAAACGGCAAUCUUACAGACUUCGGCACUUAGUCUGUAAACUCUUUACUGUGCAGCUCAAUAUUCUAAAUGGACUCCUCUCAUGUCUGUGCACUGUGUUGAUGUGAAAGAACUGGACAGGUGAAAGCAAUUGCCUGGUAUUGGCAUAGUAUACACCAUAUUGCUUUCACCAUUUCUCUUUUUUCACAUCAGUGCAGAUCAAGGAGAUAAAGGCCCCUAUUGAGAUGCACCCUCAGUGGUCAGUUAAAUGUUUGUCAUCCCUCACCACCUAAUUCACACGCUUCUAUCUAUCUGCAUUGACCCUUUUUGCACUAACUCUUUUGACUCAUCACAUACGCUGCUGCUACUGUUUAUUAUCUAUCCUGUUGCCUAGUCACUUUAUCCCUACCUGUAUGUACAUAUCUACCUCUCUUACCUCGUAUCCCUGCACAUCAACUUGGUCCUGGUACCAUGUGUAUAUAGCCAAGUUAUCGUUACUCAUUGUGUAUUUAUUCCUUGUGUUAUUAUUUCUAUUUUUUUCUCUCUGUAUUGUUGGGAAGGGCCCGUAAUUAACAUUUCACUGUUGGUCUACACCUGUUGUUUACCAAGCAUGUGACAAAUAAAAUUGUAUUUGAUUUGGAUUCCUUCUCUCACCUGACAGUCACGUGCAGAUCAGCAACGAGUCGGCCAUCGACUUCUACCAGAAGUUUGGCUUUGAGAUCAUCGAGACGAAAAAGAACUACUACAAGAGGAUAGAGCCGGCAGACGCCCACGUGCUUCAGAAGAGCCUGCGCAGCCCGUGUGCGCCCCCUGGGGGAGAGCUGCAGAAGGCCGAGUAG